AUGCUUUUCAAGCUAUCGCCACUGUCCUGGGACUUGAAGCAGGGCCUCGUGGGAACUACCAAAGGCCAAAUCACCAAGCCUUUGGAAGAACAGGCGCUGCAGCGGAGCCAGACCUCAGGAAGACUGGAACCAGGACUCCAUGGAGAAUCCAAGGUUACCCCAGGACUUCGGCAUCAGAGUUCGCACAUCGUCACCUCUAUGAUCAAUUAUCUACGGGCUCAGUUCUCCCCUCUGGCUGCGCUAGGCAGUGGCUCGCAGCUUCUCUGCUUCGCCCCAACCCAUUUCCUCAACCCCUCUUUUGGAAUUUGUAAACUGCCGGCUCUUGACCUAUGGCAACCUGCAGACUCAGUCCGUUUGGCCAGCGUGGAGGCUUCACGUUUAGAAUUCAAAGGUCCUAGGAGACACCUGCCCCAGAGCCCGGGAGAAGUCCUGCGGGCAGAAGGGCAGGAAGGGCCGCUGACAGCCUCGGGCGGAGGUCAAGCAGGAGGCAUGGGUUCAGAUCGAGAUCUUCAGUCUUCUGCUUCGUCUGUGAGCUUGCCUUCAGUCAAAAAGGCUCCCAAAAAAAGAAGAAUUUCAAUAGGCUCUCUGUUUCGGAGGAAAAAGGAUAACAAACGUAAAUCAAGGGAGCUGAAUGGCGGGGUGGAUGGAAUUGCAAGUAUUGAGAGUAUACAUUCUGAAAUGUGUACUGAUAAGAACUCCAUUUUCUCUACAAAUACCUCCUCUGACAAUGGGCUAACUUCCAUCAGCAAACAAGUUGGAGACUUUAUAGAGUGCCCCUUGUGCCUUUUGCGGCAUUCUAAAGACAGAUUUCCUGAAAUAAUGACUUGUCAUCAUAGAUCUUGUGUGGAUUGCUUACGACAAUAUCUGAGGAUAGAAAUUUCUGAAAGUAGAGUUAAUAUCAGUUGCCCAGAAUGUACUGAACGGUUUAAUCCCCACGAUAUCCGCUUGAUAUUAAGUGAUGAUGUCUUGAUGGAAAAAUAUGAAGAAUUUAUGCUUAGACGGUGGCUCGUUGCAGAUCCUGAUUGUAGGUGGUGUCCAGCUCCAGACUGUGGGUAUGCUGUGAUAGCAUUUGGAUGUGCUAGCUGUCCAAAAUUAACUUGUGGGCGAGAAGGCUGUGGAACAGAGUUUUGCUACCACUGUAAGCAGAUUUGGCACCCCAAUCAGACCUGUGAUGCUGCUCGACAGGAGAGAGCUCAGAGUUUACGUCUGAGAACUAUACGUUCUUCAUCCAUUAGUUAUAGUCAAGAGUCUGGAGCAGCAGCUGAUGAUAUAAAACCAUGUCCACGAUGUGCUGCUUAUAUAAUAAAGAUGAAUGAUGGGAGCUGUAAUCACAUGACAUGUGCUGUCUGUGGUUGUGAGUUUUGUUGGUUGUGUAUGAAAGAAAUCUCAGAUUUACAUUAUCUAAGUCCAUCAGGAUGUACUUUUUGGGGGAAGAAACCCUGGAGCCGAAAGAAGAAAAUACUGUGGCAGCUGGGCACACUUGUCGGCGCCCCCGUAGGAAUCGCCCUAAUAGCCGGCAUUGCCAUCCCUGCCAUGAUCAUCGGCAUCCCUGUGUAUGUGGGCCGCAAGAUUCACAAUCGAUAUGAAGGCAAGGAUGUUUCAAAGCACAAACGGAAUUUGGCCAUAGCAGGUGGUGUAACAUUGUCCGUAAUCGUGUCUCCCGUUGUAGCUGCAGUAACUGUAGGUAUUGGUGUUCCUAUUAUGUUAGCUUAUGUCUAUGGUGUUGUUCCAAUUUCUCUCUGUCGAAGCGGAGGUUGUGGAGUCUCAGCAGGCAAUGGAAAAGGAGUCAGGAUUGAGUUUGAUGAUGAAAAUGAUAUAAAUGUUGGUGGAACAAAUACAGCUGUAGAUACAACUUCAGUAGCAGAAGCAAGACACAACCCCAGCAUAGGGGAGGGAAGUGUUGGUGGUUUGACUGGCAGUUUGAGUGCAAGCGGGAGCCACAUGGAUCGAAUAGGGGCCAUCCGGGACAACCUGAGUGAGACGGCCAGCACCAUGGCGCUCGCUGGAGCCAGUAUCACAGGGAGCCUGUCGGGAAGUGCCAUGGUGAACUGUUUCAACAGGUUGGAAGUCCAAGCAGAUGUACAGAAAGAACGGUACAGUCUAAGUGGAGAGUCCGGCACAGUCAGCUUGGGGACAGUUAGUGAUAAUGCCAGCACCAAGGCAAUGGCAGGAUCCAUUCUGAAUUCCUACAUCCCACUGGACAAAGAAGGCAACAGUAUGGAGGUCCAAGUGGAUAUUGAAUCAAAGCCAUCCAAGUUCAGGCACAACAGUGGAGGCAGCAGUGUGGAGGAUGGCGGUGCCUCCCGGAGCCAGCCUGGGGGCUCGUCCGGUGGCUUGCCUGACGGCAAAUCCAGCGCCACCAAGUGGUCCAAAGAAGCAGCAGCAGGAAAGAAAUCAAAAAGUGGUAAAUUGAGGAAGAAGAGUAACAUGAAGAUAAACGAGACCCGAGAGGACAUGGAUGCACAGUUGUUAGAACAACAAAGCACGAACUCAAGUGAAUUUGAGGCUCCAUCCCUCAGUGACAGUAUGCCGUCCGUAGCAGAUUCCCACUCUAGUCACUUUUCUGAAUUUAGUUGUUCUGACCUAGAAAGCAUGAAAACUUCUUGUAGUCAUGGUUCCACUGAUUAUCAUGCCCGGUUUGCUACUGUUAAUAUUCUUCCUGAGGUAGAAAAUGACCGACUGGAAAAUUCCCCCCAUCAGUGUAGCAUUUCUGUGCUUACCCAAACUGCUUCAUGUUCAGAAGUUCCACAGUUGAAUCAUAUUGCAGAAGAACAUGGUAACAGUGGAAUAAAACCCAGUGUUGAUUUAUAUUUUGGCAGUGCGCUAAAAGAAACAAAUAACAACCACUCACAUCAGACAAUGGAAUUAAAAGUUGCAAUUCAGACUGAUAUAUAG